GAAGAAAUACAACGAGACAUGUACAUAUCUCUGUUGGAUGAGGCGACGAACACUCUGCGCGAGCCGAUGGAUGGUUUGAUGGGCUAUUGGACCUUUGACGAAGUGGAUCCUAGUUUCGCGUACGAUUACAGCGGCAAUAACAACCAUCUCCGUGCGGCUGGGUGUGCCGUAUGCGACGAUGGCGUAGAUGACGAGGGGUUUAAUAACACAUACUACCAAGGAUGGAACACCACAGCUCAGGCCACUGUGUGUGAGCCCAUUGCGCAGAGCUCAGUCAGUGACUGGUACACUGACGCCCUGGUCUAUGGCGGCGCCUACUGCUACUACA